AAAUGGCCGCCUCCAGAGACCAUGUGUCUACAAAAGUUAUAAAAUCUGUGAAUAAAUCAAGCAAUGAAAAGAGAGUAAUUGUGAUUUUAGAACGAGCAUCUUUAGAAUCUGUAAAGGUUGGAAAACAGUUUGAAUUAUUAAACUGUGAUAAACAUAAAGGUCUCGCAAAGAAAUUUAAAAGAGACAUAUCACAGUGUAGACCAGACAUCACACAUCAGUGUUUAUUGAUGUUGAUGGACAGUCCUUUAAACAGAGCAGGACUAUUACAAGUCUACAUACACACAGAGAAAAAUGUAUUGAUAGAGAUCAACCCACAGACUAGAAUUCCUAGAACAUUUGACAGAUUCUGUGGGCUUAUGGUUCAGUUACUUCACAAACUUAGCAUACAUGCAGCAGAUGGCCCACAGAAACUUUUAAAGGUGAUUAAGAAUCCCAUUACAGACCAUUUACCAGUUGGUUGUCAGAAAGUUGGUACAUCGUUCCAGGCUGAUAUUACAGACAUAAGGGAUAUAGUACCAGACAACGAACCAAUGGUUUUUGUUGUGGGUGCCCUUGCACAUGGCAGCGUGGAUGUGGAUUACAUAGAAAAGACAGUAUCAAUAAGUAACUAUCCUCUAUCAGCUGCAUUGACUUGUGCAAAGUUGUGUUCUGCUUUUGAAGAGAAAUGGGGAGUUAUAUGAAUAAAAUUGAUUGCCUAA